AAUUGGAGCAGAAAGCAGUGCUGUGGUUUAAAUUUUUUUAAAAACCCUGUAGAAUUGCGAUCAUGCGGAUCCUGCCAAAACUCAAAAAGAGCAACAAACCCAGCAGAGAAAAGCCGACAACUGCAGAGACAGAGUUAUAAAAAAAAGGAUGACUGCUCUGUGGCAAUUCAUUUAAAAGGAUAAUUACAUGAAAAAUGGCAAUGGACAGAAAAUUAUAAGAGACCCAGAGAAAAGGCGACUCCAUGCAGGCUGCUCAGCUGGGAAUUACAUCUGCAGGAAUGGCCAAUGCAUUACAAAAUCCAACCCGGAAUGUGACAUGACAAAUGAUUGCUUGGACCAGUCAGAUGAGACAGAGUGCAGCUGUGGUAAACUCUUGGUAUCCAACAGAAUUGUGGGAGGCAUGAAAGCUACCACUGGGGAGUUCCCAUGGCAAGUCAGUUUACAUAUAGUUGGCAUUGGCUAUGAUUGUGGAGCUGUAGUUGUGGGGACCACAUGGCUGAUUUCAGCGGCUCAUUGUUUCGUGGGCAAACUUCGAGACCCAAUGAACUGGGAGGCGGUCCUUGGAACUAUCUAUAGAGAUGGCCAAAGUUCUACAUCAGUAAAAAGGAAAUUGAAGAGGAUCAUUAUUCAUCCCUUAUUUGAACCGUCUAUGCUUGACUAUGAUGUGGCUCUGUUGGAGUUAACCAAUCCUGUGACAUUCUCCAAGUCUAUCCAGCCCAUAUGUCUGCCAUCGCCUACUCAUAUCUUCCCUACAGGAAAGAACUGCACCAUUACGGGAUGGGGAACCCUGAAUGAGCACAACGUUUCUUCACCCAGCAUUCUACAGAAAGCCACUGUUCAGAUAUUCAAUCAACAUGAAUGUGCCAAAUUCUACUCUAGUGACCAUAUAACUCCACAAAUGAUGUGUGCUGGAUUCGUAAAUGGCAAAGUGGAUGCCUGUAAGGGUGAUUCUGGCGGGCCAAUGGCUUGUGAGGAAUCACCAGGCAGAUGGUUCUUGGCCGGUAUCGUGAGCUGGGGAGUAGGCUGCGCCCGACCAAACAAACCGGGUGUCUACACAAGAGUGACCGCAAUCCAGGAUUGGGUCUGGCUCACAAUGACAGACCAAUCACAGACCAACAAAAUUACUCCUCCCAUGGAGACCAAUACGGAGCAGACAACUUCAGUAAAUAAAAGCAGCGUCAUCCCUAUAUUAUCAGAAGAAGUUCCCUGUACAGCCUCUACUUUCAAGUGUUCUAACAACAGUUGUAUCGAUAAACACAAUGCAGAAUGUGACGGCAUCAUAGACUGUGUCACGAGGUCUGACGAGGAAAACUGCAACUGUGGAACUGCGCCUUUGAUGGUCGGCUCGAGGAUUGUGGGUGGAGUGAGCAGCGUUCCUGGCGAAUUUCCUUGGCAAAUCAGUCUGCAGCUAUUUUACUUAGGGCACAAGUGUGGUGGAACACUAAUAUCUCCCAGCUGGGUGGUCACUGCUGCUCAUUGUUUCUUAAAAGAUAAGGAUUCAAGAAAUUGGCUGGGUUACCUGGGAACUAUCUACAGCUCAGGAUUUCAUGGCACCAGGGUAACCUUCAAACGCUACAUCAUCCACCCCUCUUUCAAGACCUCAACUUGGGAUUCUGAUAUUGCCCUCGUGGAACUGUCCAAGCCUGUCACCUUCUCCAAAGUCAUCCAGCCUGCCUGUGUACCCUCAUCUUCCCACAGAUUCUCAGAGGGAAUGAAAUGUUAUGUAACAGGCUGGGGUGCAACAGCAGAACAGGGAUAUAUGACUUUUCUGCUGAACAAAGCUGAAGUAAAUCUGAUCAGUGACAGAUUGUGCCAGAAACUGCAUAACAGCCGGAUCACUCCCAGCAUGUUUUGUGCCGGGAGACUGAAUGGAGGAGUGGACACAUGCCAGGGCGAUUCUGGUGGCCCACUGGUUUGCAAGGAAUCCUCUGGAAAGUGGUUCCUUGCUGGAAUUACGAGCUGGGGUGUCGGCUGUGGAAGAGAGAAUGCACCUGGGGUGUAUAGCAGAGUUACAGCACUUCGCAGUUUCAUAGCACAAUAUGUUUUCUGAAAACUAAAAGGAUCUGACAAUAUUUUGGAUUUAAUCAAUCACUGUACCACACACAUUGGGAUUCAACUCUGGAUGUGUGUUUCUCAAUGGGGCUAUGGGACUCCAUCAAUUCUAUAGGAUACUCUGUGAUCUGUUCUCUCAGCCUUCAGUACAAUUUCUACAAUUGUUUCAUUUGAGCAGGAGUUUGGAUUUUAAUAAAAUGAGAUGUAUAUGAA